GAAGCAAGAAGCUCGGAUGUCAUCGGUUACGUGGAAGUGGUCAUUUGUACAAGCGCCAACACACGCUUUGUGAAAGUAAAACCAGCGUCAACGCCUCGGAAUAAAACGCCCCAUGUUUAGACUGUGAUUUAUGCAUUAUGUGCUGUGGUCCAGUGAUGUACCGGGAUAGGAAUUUUUGGUCCAUAUCGCCCAUCCUUACCACCUGUCUGCGACCGCAUCAGAGUUGUAUGAUGAGACAGGAACUCGGGGAGAUGCAAACGUCUUUGAAGAAGUAGCACUGCAGCCCAAAAAUGGUGUAUUUACUAUCAAUUUUGACGUAUAUUUGAUUUCCAUUGAAUGUUGACUAAGAUGAAGUUACACUUGAGUUUUUAACAAAAAAAAUUUCGCCUUCUCCCUCUCUCUCCUGAGCUACACUUAAGUCCCCAGGGGACAACUUUUUCCAGUUCUUCCCAGCCCACCAGGCCACUACUUGAUGUUGUAACAAUUAACAAAACGCACAGAAAGUUUCAGUCAUCCUGGAUGAGCAAUUUAAGCCCUUCCAGAAAACGGCAGAAGAUGCAUAAUGAUGCCAAACAUUGAGAGGCUGCUGGCGGACCUGCAGCGGGAUGUGGCCAACGAGCUUAAACGGGGGUCUGCCAUUGCCAAGAUAGUGGGUGCCAAUGCUGCACAGAUUUCAACAUUUGACAGCACCGUAAAAAUGUGGGUGUUUGAGGAGACUGUGAAUGGGCGCAAACUGACUGAAAUAAUCAACACUGACCAUGAAAAUGUGAAGUACCUUCCUGGGCAUAAGUUACCAACAAAUGUGGUGGCUGUCCCAGACCUGGUGGAGGCGUCCAGUGACGCAGACAUUUUGGUGUUUGUGAUCCCGCACCAGUUCAUUGGGAAAGUAUGCGACACCAUGAAGGGCAAGAUAAAGAGUGAUGCGCUGGGGAUAUCCCUCAUCAAGGGUGUAGACGAGGGGCCUGAUGGACUUAAACUAAUCUCAGAUGUGAUCCAGGAGAAGCUUGGUAUCACCAUGAGUGUGCUGAUGGGGGCCAACAUUGCCAAUGAAGUUGCUGAUGAGAAGUUUUGUGAGACCACCAUUGGGUGUAAGAAUAAAAACCAUGGGGCCCUCCUGAAGGAACUCAUGCAGACCAACAACUUCAGAGUUACUGUAGUAGAAGAGUAUGAUGUGGUGGAAAUCUGUGGAGCCUUGAAGAACAUCGUUGCGGUUGGAGCAGGUUUCUGUGACGGUCUGGGCUACGGUGACAACACAAAGGCAGCAGUGAUCAGGUUGGGCCUGAUGGAGAUGAUUGCCUUUGCCCGCAUUUUCUGCACUUCUGGGCCCGUGUCCUCCGCAACCUUCCUGGAGAGCUGCGGCGUGGCUGACCUCAUCACAACUUGCUACGGCGGCCGCAACCGCAAAGUAGCCGAAGCUUUUGUAAAGACGGGGAAGUCCAUUGAGGAGCUGGAGAAAGAGAUGCUGAAUGGUCAGAAGCUGCAAGGACCGGCAACGGCAGCGGAGGUUUAUCUCAUCCUCAAGCACAAAAACCUAACUGACAAGUUCCCUCUGUUCAAUGCAGUGUAUCAGAUCUGCUAUCAGGGCCAUCCAGUCUCAGAGUUCAUAAGCUGCUUGCAGAACCACCCAGAGCACAUGUAAGAACAGCAAACAGACCAAGUGCCUUCUAAAUUAAGAACAUCCAUUACCUGUCAGAAAUAAAUGAGAGCUGACCAGUCACUCCAUAGCUGUCGUGCAACUAAAUGUGGUUGCACAACGUGUGUGCGUGUGUUCAACUCUGGUUCGGCCACUUUGUCGUUAACAUUCUGUUUCUGACAUCUUUAAGUGCUUUCUUUUAUUUCCUGACGUAUAAUGAAACUUAAAGGAUCAUAUUUUUCUUUUACCAAGUGGUGUUUAGCUAGCUCUUUUAAUUCCCAAGAUUUAAAAAAAAUAUAUAUUUUAGCCAGAUGAAAUCAGAAUGCAUCAUGUUGCCAAAUUGAAAACGCAUCAGAAAUACAGAUUUUAUAGGAUAUAAAAAUGAUUUGAAAAUGUUUGUUGAUGACAUUGACUCAGCCCUCGACUGCCAUUCACUUAGUUUGUACAAUGUUUAUGGCACUGCAUCAUGCGUUCAGAUUUCGGCAGUGCAAACCGCUCAGGGUAAAGACCUGUUGACACACUUCUAAAGAGGGAAUUAUCACUAUUAUCUAAUAUCUCUGUUGCCGUCCAGUGAAUGCCUGUCCAUUACCACAAGUUGUUUAAUUAUAGAUGUAAUACCUCACUUCAUUAUGUCUUUGUAUGUUUUAAAGUGUCUUACAUAAUUCACAUGAUAUUUCCUGUCUUGUACUGUAUAUUAACAUACUGUCAAACGCACAACAACAGUUUUUAACUCAAUAAAUGCAAGUGCCUUAGAAUGCACCUUUGCUCUUGGCCAUUGUCUAUCUAUAAUGUAUAUUUUUGAGGGGGGGGGGGGGUCAAACCUUAGACUUAGCAUCUGUCCGCUAUGCCAUUUGUUAUUGUGACCCUGCCUCACAUUGUUCACUCAGUUAUGGCUAAUGUGUGUGUGUGGUGGAAAAUUACGUUAUCAUUUGUCUGUGAAUAAAUCAAUUCUUUCAUCAAA